GGCUCGCCCGGGGGUGCCGCGCGGACUGCGGCGCCGCUUCCGCCAGCGCCCGGGGGGAGGCGGUCCGCCCGCUCCAGGGUCCCGCGGGGCGGCGCCCGGGGGCCGCGAGGAGCGGCGGGGGAGACCGCGCCCGCGAGAAGGAAACAAAACGCUGGGAAGAUGUUUUUGGUUGUUAGAUCCCUCUGCAUGUUGUUUCCCUUGAGCUGCUGUUUGUGAUCAGAUAAGAAAUUCUGCGUAUUUGCGCCUCUUCUGUGGAAGGAUCAAGACAAAAAUAAUACCAGCGCUGCUACUGUGUGUAACAGUGUUGUCAGAGAGGAGUUUCAGACAUCUUUGUCUUCCUGGAUUUUGGAGAAGUGCCAGCUUGGCAAGCAGGAAGAACAAAAGGACGGGACUGAAAAUAUCUCGGAGGCAGCCUCACCAUCACCACACAUCAGGUUGGGACAGCAGCAGAAUUAGGCAAGCAGCCCGGCCCAGUUUUCUUCAUGCUUUUUUAUUAGGUGGUACGUAAUAGGAGAAUUUCCUACUUGCAAAGCCUGAAGAGUAGUACAAGGUGCUGGUGGAUGACAGAAUAAGUCUCCUAAAGUGAAUAAAAUGAUUUAGAUUUUUUUGCUGGACUGGCCCACAGACUUGCAUGGUUUAACUCAUACGAAUCACUGCUUGAAAAACUUCAAGUACAAAAUUAUUGAAAGGCUUAAAAAUGCCUCCCCGACCAUCAUCUGGUGAACUAUGGGGCAUCCACUUGAUGCCCCCGAGGAUCCUUGUGGAGUGUCUUCUCCCAAACGGAAUGAUAGUGACUCUAGAAUGCCUCCGUGAGGCUACAUUACUAACUAUCAAACAUGAACUUUUUAAAGAAGCCAGAAAAUACCCUCUCUAUCAGCUCCUUCAAGAUGAAUCUUCUUACAUUUUUGUAAGUGUUACGCAAGAAGCAGAAAGAGAAGAAUUUUUUGAUGAAACACGGAGACUUUGUGACCUGCGGCUAUUUCAGCCUUUCCUAAAAGUCAUUGAACCAGUAGGUAACAGAGAAGAAAAGAUACUUAACAGAGAAAUAGGUUUUGCAAUUGGCAUGCCCAUCUGUGAGUUUGACAUGGUUAAGGAUCCUGAAGUACAAGAUUUCAGAAGAAAUAUUCUUAAUGUUUGUAAAGAAGCAGUAGAUCUUCGAGAUGCCAAUGCUCCGCACAGUAGAGCAUUGUAUGUCUGUCCUCCAAAUGUAGAGUCUUCACCUGAGCUACCCAAACACAUAUACAAUAAACUAGAUAAAGGGCAAAUAAUAGUGGUGAUAUGGGUAAUAGUUUCACCUAACAAUGAUAAGCAGAAGUACACCUUAAAAAUCAAUCAUGACUGUGUGCCUGAGCAAGUUAUUGCUGAAGCAAUUAGGAAGAAAACACGAAGUAUGUUGCUGUCAUCUGAACAACUGAAGCUCUGCGUGUUGGAGUACCAGGGCAAGUAUAUUUUGAAAGUGUGCGGCUGUGAUGAAUACCUGCUAGAAAAAUAUCCUCUGAGCCAGUAUAAGUACAUAAGAAGUUGUAUAAUGCUUGGUCGCAUGCCCAAUCUGAUGCUGAUGGCUAAAGAAAGUCUAUAUACCCAGCUGCCACUGGAUACCUUUACAAUGCCAUCUUACUCCAGGCGUAUCUCUACAGCUACACCCUACAUGAAUGGAGAAGCUACAGCCAAAUCGCUCUGGACUAUAAACAGUGCUCUCAGAAUAAGAAUCCUCUGUGCAACCUAUGUAAAUGUGAACAUUAGAGACAUUGACAAGAUCUACGUUAGAACAGGUAUCUACCAUGGAGGAGAACCUUUAUGUGACAAUGUGAACACUCAGAGGGUACCUUGUUCUAAUCCCAGAUGGAAUGAAUGGCUGCUGUAUGACAUGUACAUUCCUGAUCUUCCACGUGCUGCUCGGCUCUGCCUUUCUAUCUGUUCUGUUAAAGGCCGGAAGGGUGCUAAAGAGGAGCACUGUCCAUUGGCUUGGGGAAAUAUAAACAUGUUUGACUACACAGACACUCUUGUAUCUGGGAAAAUGGCUUUGAAUCUUUGGGCAGUACCCCAUGGACUGGAGGAUUUGUUGAAUCCUAUUGGUGUUACUGGAUCAAAUCCGAAUAAGGAAACUCCAUGUUUAGAGCUGGAAUUUGAUUGGUUUAGCAAUCCUGUGAAGUUUCCAGAUAUGACAGUGAUUGAAGAGCAUGCCAAUUGGACAAUCUCACGUGAACUAGGCUUUAAUUACAGCUAUGCGGGACUGAGUAAUAGAAUAGCUAGAGACAAUGAAUUAAGAGAAAGUGACAAGGAGCAACUGCGAGCCAUAUGUACACGGGAUCCCUUGUCUGAAAUCACUGAGCAAGAGAAGGACUUCCUCUGGAGCCACAGACACUAUUGCGUAAAUACCCCGGAAAUUCUGCCCAAAUUACUUCUGUCUGUUAAAUGGAAUUCUAGAGAUGAAGUGGCUCAGAUGUACUGUCUGGUGAAAGAUUGGCCUCCAAUCAAGCCAGAGCAAGCAAUGGAGCUUUUGGAUUGCAAUUAUCCAGAUCCAAUGGUGCGAGCCUUUGCAGUUCGGUGUCUAGAGAAGUACUUAACAGAUGACAAGCUGUCUCAGUACUUAAUCCAGCUAGUACAGGUUCUGAAAUAUGAACAGUACUUAGAUAAUCAACUGGUGAGAUUUUUACUCAAGAAGGCACUGACCAAUCAACGGAUAGGACACUUCUUCUUCUGGCAUUUAAAGUCUGAAAUGCACAAUAAAACUGUAAGUCAGAGGUUUGGUUUACUUCUGGAGUCCUAUUGUCGAGCGUGUGGAAUGUACCUAAAGCAUCUGAGCAGGCAGGUGGAGGCUAUGGAGAAGUUGAUUAACCUCACAGAUAUUCUCAAGCAGGAAAAGAAAGAUGAGACCCAGAAGGUGCAGAUGAAGUUUCUUGUUGAACAAAUGAGACGUCCAGAUUUUAUGGAUGCUUUACAAGGCUUUAUCUCUCCUCUUAAUCCUGCUCAUCAACUAGGAAAUCUUCGGCUUGAGGAGUGCAGAAUAAUGUCAUCUGCAAAGAGACCCCUGUGGUUAAACUGGGAAAACCCAGAUAUUAUGUCUGAAUUGCUAUUUCAGAACAAUGAGAUAAUCUUUAAAAAUGGAGAUGACUUACGUCAAGACAUGCUGACACUUCAGAUAAUUAGAAUUAUGGAAAACAUUUGGCAAAACCAAGGUCUUGAUCUUCGGAUGUUGCCUUACGGUUGUCUGUCUAUUGGUGACUGCGUGGGACUCAUUGAGGUAGUGAGAAGUUCUCAUACGAUCAUGCAGAUUCAGUGUAAAGGAGGCUUAAAGGGAGCAUUGCAGUUCAACAGCCAUACCUUGCAUCAGUGGCUCAAGGACAAGAACAAAGGAGAAAUGUAUGAUGCAGCUAUUGACUUGUUUACACGUUCUUGUGCUGGCUACUGUGUUGCUACCUUUAUACUGGGCAUUGGUGAUCGCCACAACAGUAACAUCAUGGUGAAAGAUGAUGGACAACUGUUUCACAUUGACUUUGGCCACUUCCUUGACCACAAGAAGAAGAAAUUUGGCUACAAAAGAGAGCGUGUGCCCUUUGUCUUAACACAGGACUUUCUAAUAGUGAUUAGUAAAGGAGCCCAAGAAUGCACCAAAACAAGGGAGUUUGAAAGGUUUCAAGAGAUGUGUUACAAGGCUUAUCUAGCAAUUCGGCAGCAUGCCAAUCUGUUCAUAAAUCUCUUCUCCAUGAUGCUUGGCUCAGGAAUGCCAGAACUGCAGUCCUUUGAUGAUAUUGCGUACAUUCGAAAGACCCUUGCAUUGGAUAAAACUGAGCAGGAAGCUCUUGAGUACUUCAUGAAGCAAAUGAAUGAUGCUCACCAUGGUGGCUGGACAACAAAAAUGGACUGGAUCUUCCACACAAUAAAGCAACAUGCUUUGAACUGAAAUGAAAGUGAAGAACACGAGAACUAAUAACCCGCUUUGUGGGUACUACACUGUCAAUACCCGUUAGCAGCAGAGACUGGUUGCAUAGGAAUUGCACAAACCACGAAUGAUAUCAGAACUUAUGGCAAGAAAAAAGACGAACUAUUCAGACAACUGUUGAAAAACAAUGUAAAACAGGGUUUCAGAUAGCACUAAAAUUGUACACUUCAAAAAUUAAGCUUUAGUAUGAUGUGUGACUUCAUGUUAUGCCUUAAGCCCAAAAAGGUAAACUUGGGAAGAAUGUUUCCUUUUUUCAUUUGAUAGGAUAAAUUAGAAGGAAAAAGAAAAUAGUGCCAGCAUGAAUAUAGAGUCCAUCACAUAUUACCUUAGGUCUGGUACAGCAGGUAGAAACUGCUGGAAUGAGAAGCAUUGAGAGAAAGUUCAAGUGGUAGUUAAUAUUUAAAUGCAGUGUAGUUUGAAGGGAAGGAGUUUAAGCUCAAAGAUCUGAAAAAUAGUGAGAGGACAGUGCCUUUUAAAUGUGCUCAGAGGCAUUAACAUACGUAGGGUUUAGAUGAUCCUUUGAUUUCUGGGUCUGUCAUCUGCACAGUUUCAGAAAACAGUAGGAAAUAGGCCCAUUCAGUAUGGUGUUUCUUCUGCUCAGUAUUUCUAGGGGUGCAAUUCAUGCCUUCACAAAGAAACUUUUCUUAUCAUCCCCCAAAACUGACUAACCUGGAAACUGAAUGGUCGGAAUUGGGUUUAGUGCAACAAAGAGUUGUAGUGUUCAUCUUAGGUUUGCUUUAAUCUAACUUGAACUGAAUAGAUUUUUUUCAUACAUGUUUUCCAAGAACCUAAAAAAGGUGAGUUAUUAAAAUUAUUGAAAGAUUAUUUUUUUAUAAAGGCUAUUUAUAUAAUAGGAACUAUUAUUAAUAUAUAUUCUUUAUUUACAUGAUUUGUCCAAUAUUCACUCUUUUAAUUUUGCAGCCCAGUUCUAUCUGUCCAAGGCUCCCACUUCCCUUAAUGUUACUGAAGGUGACCAGUUAUAGGACCAAAUUCAGCCCUGGUGAAAGAGGACACAAGUGCCAUUGAAAUGGUGGGAGACACUCCCACUAAUGCCAGAGGUGAACUUGGCCUAAGACUCUUUAACACUAAGUAAAAAUUGGGGCAACACUCUUCACAUUACUGAAGUGAUAUGCUGGCUAUUCAAGGAACGUAUGUUUAAACCCUCAACUUUUGGGUCCAUCAUUUCUCCUCUUUCUUCCUCCGCUCUGGAAGUGGUUGUUUAAUCCAGUAACUGAUACAUCAGAAAUAGCUGUUUAAAUUUUCAAUAUGAUCAAUAAUAAGCAGUUCAACAUGCAGCAGAUACGUUGGCUAGCUCAAAGCAUGUGGAGCUACCAAGCAUUUUAUAGCUUUGUCUGUUUUGUGUGUGUGUAAUAUAUAUUUGUAAAUCUAGUUGUCCUCCAACACAAUUAUGAUGUGUGCAAUCAAUUCAAUUGGCACCACUUUUCUGAAACUGUUCAGAGUAAAACGGAUGUCAGAUUGCCCUCAUGCACAGCUUCAGGUAGGAAUGUUUUUCUAACUACUAAAAAGGUUGGGUUUUUUUUUGGUUUUUUUUUGUUUUAAUUAGUGAAACCCAUGAUUCUGAGGGUGAUGUUUGCCCUAACAUUUUAAGCUUGCUAGAUUGGCAGCACUUGAAGUGAAUUCCAAAGGUCUGGGGCUUUCGGGGUUUCAACUCAUUCACUUCCAGACACACACUGAGGUGCCACUCAAAAAGUGCAAUACCACAUGUAAUAUAAAAUAUGCUGACAGCUGGUGUUAGAUUAGAAUAUAAGUAUAUAAAUAAACUGUACUUUGUGCAGGCUGUACUGAUGAGGUAAUGAGUGGUUGGCUUAAUUUAGCAAAUUGUAAUAUAUUUUAAAAAUGUGCAAUCAAUUACGUUAUGAAAGACUUUGGGGAUUGCAAAGCCAGGAUUUUGGUUUUUGAAGAUCCUUUCAUAGUCAAGCUCUUGCAGUUAAUUACUGUACACGUAGGUAUUUGACAAUGUUGUGGGGGGGAAAGGUGUCUUUGUGAAAACUACGGAAGUUCCAGGACUAGUGUGGGAAAUGUGAAGUUUUUUCCUUAGUUCUGCUAAACCCUUUGGAGUAGUCCAACAGACUUCCCAUUAUUCUGUAUUGACUGUUACAUACUCCUUUUUUUUUUCAUAUGAAUAUUUUUACUCCUGCUAACCUUGGGCAUACUUUCUAGAGCAAAAUUAUUUUUGUACAUAUUACUUUGCAGUCAACACUAAUGGUGUAGCUCUUUGAAAACAUGGCUUUGUUUCAAUGAGUUUAAACUGUUUUGUUUGCAAAAUCUGAAACCCUGUUGGCUUUAACUCUUAAUUUAACAGAGUAAAAUCGUUGCACAAAUGCCGCAUUAGGUGCUACAUGAUCAUUAUUUAUCUAUUAAUGAAACAAUGUUUUACUUUUUUUUUAUAUAGGAGGAUGGUUGGACUUUUCCAACCAGGAUGGAAAGAGAACUCAAAUCUUUUGCAUCCUAUGAGCCCACCUUCUUUUGUACUUUACCCCUUCUUAAUGAUAUACUUGUGUAAAUAUGGGUAUAAAUGUCUUUCAGUUCAAGCAUACAGUGUUUUGCACCCUUUUUGCACAAACAGAAAGGUAUGAGGAAUCAGGCUCUGUUUCCAAAACUUACUGCAACUAAAUGCUAUGCAUGAGCUGUGGAAGUUCAUAUGGGCAUCAAAUAAUAAAAGAAAGGAAACAUAGUGAUAUAGACAUACUGUGACGUGGGGUAAUUAUAGUUGGUCUUUUUUUUAAUGGGGAAUAUCAUGGGUGUAAAGCUAUUGUUCCUACUGUAACCAAGACGGGCAUUUGGAAAACAUUCUGCUGGUGUUUCAGGGGGGAAAAAAGGUUUUCCAGCUUCAAAGCAUUUAAUACUAAUUACCUUACCUUGUUACACCACUUUUCUGAUAUAAAUUCACUGAAGAUAAUGGAUUUACUAUUGACGUAGGUUGAUGUAAAUAGGGUGAUGUCAUCUGUUCUCAAUAUCUGAAAUAAGAUCUGCUUAUUGACUGUGAAAACACCUGUGACUGAGCUCUAGAUUGUUUUGGAUUGCUUGGAAUUGGAAUUUUUAUUUUCUUUAAUUAUUCCCACUUCAUGGACAUUGGAAAAUGUUCCCUUUAUUCUGAGUAUCAAACGCACAAAACACUAAGCAGCUGGUUUGGGGCUUCAGUUAAAUCUGAACACACUGUUCCUGCAAAACUUUGUAAGAAAAAUGCUGGAGCAAGGAGCCCAGGUCUGGGCAGUACGUGUUAUUGCAAAGCAUUAGGAAGAAAUUAGUGAAAGAUCACUUUAAAGACUAACCUCAUCAGUUGUGAAGCUAGUCAUGUUUGAUUUAAUGACAAAUCAAGCAGGUUGCUGCUGAUCAGUUUUUUUCUGAAAUACGUUCUUUGCUUUCCUGGAGGCAGCUCAAAAAGCACCUCUGACUUAUGCACAAUUUCUGUUCAGAAGGAGUGCAUUUGCAGGUUUUUUUCAGACAUACUUUCAGUAUAAAUUGGGGGGAGGGGAGAGAAGGCAUUUAAGCAUUUAAAUAAAACCAAAACUGUCAGUGCUUUGGUAUCUUAUGGUGAAGAUAAGCCUGCGUAUUAAAGACAAUUUAGAAAUUACUGAGCUCAUAGAGAACUCUGUAUGUGCUGAUCCUGCUGCUUGUCUUCUGGAAGAUUGGUUUGGUUUUUCAGCUUCCCUUUCCAUGUAAAAUGUUAAAAGCCCUUUAGCAGUCAGUAGCAUGUGUUUGUUGACAACUUGAGGCGUUUUCUUUGUCAUUCUACGACUGGCAUGUAAUUUGUCCUUUAAUAAUGGCACGUUCCAGCACUUGUUCUAAGUGAUAAUUGUGAGUUCCUCCUGUUCUGCAUGUCUGUACAGGUUGCAGAUGUGGGCUGGGCCCAUUCAAAAAGAAAAAAAACAAAUGAAAAUGAAGCCACUGAAAUUAGUGUUCUAUUGAUGUCUUUAACAUUUUUAAAAUAUUACAAGUUAAUGAAAAUGGUGUGGUAUUACAGAGAGAAUUGUAAUUUGCUGCUUCUGAGAUCUUUUUUUAAAUUUCCAUGGUUUCUUUUUAAUUUUUGUUUUACUUGAAAGAAGAACCACAUUUUCAUUGUUGGUUUUAUAUGGCUUUCGUUUGUUUUUUUAAUACUAUGUAGCUGUAGAUAUCAUUGCAGUUUGUUGAAUCCCCAUUUUAAUUUUGUAAUAUACGUUUCAUGCAAAUAAUGAAUUUUUAUCUUUUUUUGUGCUGAAAGUUGUCUCAGUUUAGGGUAAGGUUCUCUGUCCAAAUUGAUGGGUAGCUCACCACUCAGCCCUGCAGUUGACAGUGUGUGGGUUGGUUUUUAAUCUGUGUUCUUGAAAGAAGCUGACUAGAAACUGCAUAUAGAAGUUUUCAGUUUGCAUACACUAACCCAAAUCUAGGUGCCCUGGUCUUCAGGAAGUUCUGAUUUCUGUGUGCAGAUAGAACACAGAUGUCAUUAGAAACACUCUAGAUUCACAACAGUAAAUGAAAUCAGAAUUAGGCUCUGUGCAUAUUAAAGUCCCAGACUACUUGUUCAUAUGAUUCAGUAUGAAGGGUGCUGUUUUAUGAUAGGAAUGGGUACUAGCUGCCUGAUUAAAUCUUUGACUGUUUUAUUUGGAAAUAGUCUUUCUUUAUUAACUAGCCUUUUUAGCUCUAAUUCAUAACUGUGGUAAUUUUGUCUGUAGUGGCUUUUAUCUGUGGGACUUUGAGGUUUAUUGCUUAUUACCUUAAAAAAAAAACAACAACAAACCUCUUAGUUUCUUCUUCCUACUUGUGAACCUGCACUAGGGAGAAAUACAGUUGUUGUUAAUGCAGUAUUUAGAGUACAGCAUUCUUUACUUCUGAGCUUUCUGAGAUAGAAUUCAAAAGUACAAGACCACAGUACAGAGGUGGGCCCCUUCCUUCUCCAACACCCCUCUCUGUGAAAAUGGACAUGCCCAUAGUCUAUGAACAACUUAAAAUAUUUGCAAAAGAAGAUUAAUUUAAGCAAUGCUGUUAGCUUUCCCAUUGAUUCGCAUUAAUGUCUUAAGUGUCCUUGCUGUCAUUUCUGUAUGUGAUACAAUUUUUUUUCAGCAUGAGGGAGGCCAGAAAAUAUACUAUCUUGACUCCUGAGGUCCUGGUGCCAAUUCCCCAGUAGCUGUAAAAUAGUUUAGGAACUGUUUAGUUCAAAUCAAUUUAAUUAGGAACCUGUUCCAGUAUUAGAAUUACUCCCAGUUAAACUUGACAACUGUAUUGCUGAAGUUACUGAAAGCCUGAUUCAAGCAGAAUCUCUGUCUCCUGAGGCUCUUACGUCUGCUGCAGUUCAAUCCAUGAGGUCCAAGAUGUGUAUGUUUACAGCUGAGCUCUAAUUCUGCUUUGUUUGUUGGUCUAAAUAUAUUGCUCAAUUCCCAGGAUUUAGUAAUAGUGUUUUAAAGUCUAAAUUAUCAACUGUACCAGGCUGUCCUGAGUUGUCUUACUGUUUUGUUUGGGGCAAGAGGGAGAGAAAGGGAGGAAAGAGAUGAAUUCUUCUUGUCUUACAGCCACUGUGGUGUACAUUUAUAUUCUUUUUAUUUUUUGAGCAUGUAUGUGAAUAUAAAUGUGUAACUUCAUCAUCUGGGAGUAUCAUCUUCUCUUUCCUUUCCCCAUUCCACCUCUACAAGUUUUAAUUGAAUAGCCACAUACACUACUGAAAUCCCUUUGCCUGCUUUGGAGAUCAUCCAGUCUGACUGCCCUGUUUGAUGCAGGGUCAGCUAGAGCAGGCUGUCCUGUCCACCCAAGAGAGGAGGAUUCCCACUAAAAGCUUUUUCUCAAUGUUUGAAUGAAAUUCCUUCUAUUUCAUUGCCUAACCUCCUUAUGUAGGGCACCAAGAAGAGCCUCGCCUGUCUUCUUUACGCCCUCUGGCAGGUAUGUGUAGGUGCCCUUGAGCUUUUUCUUCAGCAGUCUGAACAAUCCCAGUCCUCAGUCUCGCACUGUAGGUAUCCCAUGUCUUUAUGGCUCUUUACUGGACCAGCUCCAGUAUGUUCACGUCACUUCUACUGGGGAGUCCAGCACUGCUGGUUUGGUGUCCCCAGUGUUGAGCAGAGGAUCAGGGAUCACCUCCCUUGACCGGGAUUCUGCUGGCAUUUUGCAUAGACAGAGCCCAGAAGCAUGUAUUCUCUUGAUGCUUAUGCUGCUUUAUUGAAGCUAGAGGCAGUUCAUGUCUGCAUCAAAAAAGAGAGUAUAAACACCUACCAGUGUUGAAUACCUUUUCAAAACCAGACAGUUAUCUUUGAAAUAACCACUAUUGGGGGUGGGGGGAGGAUGUUGGGAUGUGUAUGUCAUUCUGUAAUACAGGUCCUGUGGUAUAAUAGCUAGAAAACAAGACAUUUUUAGUAAUUAUGGGCCAAAACAAGUUUAAGAUAUGCAGGAAAAUGCAUGUAUUGUUGUACUGAGAAAGUCUUGCAGCACAUUUAAAAAAAAAAAAAAAAAAAUCCCUUCUGCUGUGCUAUUCAAGUAACAAGCAAACUUUGGCCUGUGCCAUUUAAUUGUAGUUCAUGUUCAUGGGGAACUGUAAAAAGUCUUUUUAUUUAUCUCCAUUGUCUGUAUCACAUGCUGUUAAUUAAAAAAAUACUACUUGGGGUUUUUAUCACACUUUUGAGUGUUACUGUAUAUACUAAAUACUAAAUUAAAAUAAUAUGGUUGGUA